UGCUUAGUAAGCAGAAUACCCUUACAGACAAGUUAGUCCUUACGUUACAAAAUAUCAUUGAGUCUUUGGAAAUGGAGAGAACAGAGGACGGAGUAUCAAAAUGCAAGCAGGGAAGAUUAUCCGAAAAUGGUUUUACAAGUAGUCAUGAAAUGAUAGAGGAAGAAGAAUCAUUAGAGGGUACUGAAGAGUACAAUGCAGACAGUCUUUUCAGUCAGGAAACUCUGGCAUACUCACAAGAUGUUGGAGGUUUGGAUGAAGUCCAAGCAUACAAUGGAACUGGUAGAGAUGAAAAUGUACCAAAAAUGACUAAAUUAAAAUCUGUAAUGGAAGAUGCCAACUUUAUUGCUGACAUUUUGAGUGAUGUAGAUGUAUCUGAAAUUUAUGAUAAAUUAAAAGAAAUUAGAUCAAACAAAAAUAGAAUUGAAGUUGUGACUAAUCAACUUCUAGAAAGACAAUCAAAAAUAAAAGCUCCAGCUAAACCAUCAACGACUGGAGCAAACCUCAUGAAGGAUUUUGUGAAAAUAAUUGAUUUAACAACAACUAAUAUGCCUGCUUUACCUGUGUCAGCAGAGGAUAUUCAGGAACUGUUAGAUGCAUCUCAGAACAGAAAAGAUCGUGUGGAUCAUGUAUUCUCGCAGAUUCUCAGUUUAUAUUGUCUGAAACGUCAAGGUCACGGUGAUGUUAUUAAAGAUAUGAAAACAGUUAUUGUCCAGUAUCCAGGUAUCCCUUUUGAUGAAAUUUCACAAAUGAUGCUAAAAAAGAAAACACAGACAGACAGAACACAGCAAAUUUUAGACUAUUUUGUACCAAAGAGAACUGAUUUACAGAAGUCGGAUUCAGUUAUUAGUGUUUCUGCAUUGGCCAAUGACUUGUUAUACAAAGAUACACGUAUCAUUGCUAAAGUAAUGCCAGACAUUGAUAGAAAUGAAAUAUAUGCUUAUUUAGAAGCACAUCACCAUGAAAAGAACCGAAUUCAAGUAGUCAUAGAGGAAUUGAUGAAAAUGAAACCAGGUGGAGAAAGUCUAGGGUCUUUAGAUGUAUCAACUGAUGGGCCAAUGACUUCUCCUAAACCAAGUAAAGGAAUAUUUAAUAUCCAAGAUGAAGUAGAUGAACUCAGACAAAUAUUCCCUGACUGCGAUCCUAAUUAUUUGUAUGAUGAGUUAGAAAAAAAAGCUGAUGACAAAGAAAGAAUGAAAACUGUUGCCAUGGCAAUGUUUGAAGAUAAAAAGUAUCCAAAACUAAAGGAAAGAGAAGAACAGGAAAAUAAAAUAUCAACUCGUAACAGAAUUAAAAAUUUGAAAUUUGACAUGGAGGAAUUUAUGCAGAAGUUUCCAGAGCCUGUUAAAUUCUUUGAAGAUUAUAAUAGGAAGAUGAAUGAGAAUUAUUCAAAACAUGUAGAUAUUCAAAUAAGAAAUGACUUUCCUCAGCUGAAAGGGAAAUAUAUAAAGAAAAUACUAGAUAAACAUAAUCAUCAUUACACAACAACAAGGAAAGAAAUACAAGCAGAUGUAGCAGAUGCUCAGUUGAGAAACCAAAGAAAGAAAAUGAAAUCCAAACCUAGAACCAAGACCGUUAAUCUUCCAGAAGACCCAGAUGAGUUCUUUUAUUAUGAAAUUUUGUAUUGUGAACAUGAACCUCUUAUCAAAGAUCAUUUGGAAGAAAAGGAAAGAUUUCUACAGUUGCAGAGAAAACAAGCCAAAGAAAAUGGAGAAUUAUUUGAAUGUGGAUGUUGUUUUGAUGAUGAAUGUAUGUUCGAAGAAAUGUCAGUCUGUGCUGAAGGUCAUUUAUUCUGUAAAGAAUGCAUUAGAAGGUCAUCAGAAGUGAUCAUAGGAGAUGGUAAAACAAAAUUUCCAUGUCUCCUGGACUCUUGUAAGGAGGAAUUCCCUGUAUCCAUCCUGCAGCAAAUAUUACCUACGAAUAUGUUUUCUAUAUUAUUACGGCGACUACAAGAGGAGGAGAUAAAACAAGCUGGCAUUCCUGACCUUGUUAGUUGUCCAUUUUGUAGUUUUGCUACCAUUAUGUCCGAUGAAGAUAAGGUUUUCAAGUGUUUGAAUCCAGAAUGUUUAAAAGAAUCCUGCAGAUUAUGUAAGGAACCCGAUCAUGUUCCCUACCGUUGUGAUGAAGUUGAGAAGCAGGGUGAAACAAAUAUGAGGACCUUUAUCGAGAACAAGCUCUCAGAAGCCAUGUUACGAACCUGUCAUCAAUGUGGCAAAAGAUUUAUGAAAGAGGUGGGAUGCAACAUGAUGACAUGUGUAUGUGGUGCACAUAUGUGUUAUGUUUGUAGGGAACCAGAUAUUCAAUAUGAUCACUUUAGUGGUAAUGAUUGUAAUGAAGACAGUAUGAAAAAAUUACAUUUAAAGGAAAUGAAAGAGGCAGCCAUAGCAGCUAAAGAAAAAUAUCUAGAAGAUCAUCCAGAAUGUGCUGAAAUUGACCUAAAGUUCGAUCCUAUUAAACUUGUGGAAAACUUUGCUGCUGCCCAAGAGGAGGAUGAGGAUGAAGAAUACAAUGAAGAUGAAGAUGAUGAUGAUAAUUAUGAUGAUUGAUUAACAUGUCAAUUGGGUGUAGGUUGUUCUGAUAAUGGAGAAGUAUAUUGUCAUUGCUUGGUUGAUCAAUGGCUAGAGAAUAAUUGCCAUGACAGUGGAGAUAAACUAGGAAACAUCAACUUCUUGGGAGCAAUAGAUUGCUGUUUAAUAUUAAGAAUUGGACCAUCAUCCAAACAUCUGUGAUGUGAUGGAUGAAGGUCAUUAUAUGAGGAAGCCAAGGGCUUCCGAGGGUUAAUAGUGAACCUUUUAUUAUGUGCCAGCCACACGCCUAUUUUACAGUUGAGUGAUUUUUUGUAUGUCCAGGUAGUAUAUAAGGCCAGUUGACCUGAGUAGUAUCCUCUUUUAUUUUGAGGCAAACAGUAAAAUCUCCAGUGUAUAUAGGUAGUAACACGACCAGUAUUUGCAUUUAUAUCAAACCUUAUCGGGAAUGGGUAUUCACUAGGGAGGGUACUAUUAACCCUCGCAAGCCCUUGGCUU